AUGCGAAGAAAAGGAGUUUUUGACCUUCCAGCAAACGGUCACACUAGCACUGAACCACAUGAACAACCACAGGAAGAUGCAGUGGUCAGCACAUGGUGUCCCGUACCACAAGUGCCGGCUCCGUCACAAGACGGCUUGAUCUCAUUGGCCGGUUUUGGAAGCAACAAGGACUUGAUACAGCGGCAGGUUGAACGACUCAGUGCUGCUGUCAACGUUCCGUCGAUCUCAUAUGAUGAUAACGAUGAUGUAGACAUAGACCCAAGAUGGCAUGCCUUUGUCACUUUGCAUGAGGUUCUGAAAACACAGUUCCCAAAAGUACAUGAGAAGAUGACUCUGGAGAAAGUCAACAGUUAUGGUCUGCUAUACACCUUACCCGGGAGCUCUCAAGAUUUGAAGCCGCUUGUCAUGAUGGCUCAUCUGGACGUUGUACCUGUACCAGAUCCGUCGAAAUGGAGCCAUCCUCCAUUUGAGGCAUACUUUGAUGGACAGUGGCUUUGGGGCAGGGGUGCCGUUGACUGCAAAAGUAUUCUCAUCGGCGUUUACAGCGCCAUGGAACGACUUCUUGAGCAGGACUUCAAGAACAAACGUACCAUAAUCCUAUCGUUCGGAUUUGACGAAGAGACUGGUGGUUUCAGGGGUGCCAAACACUUGGCCGAUCAUCUGAAGGAGAAGUAUGGUGAGAACAGUAUUGAAAUGAUUGUCGAUGAGGGCGGUGGUAUGGUUGUGGAAGACGGCGUGACUUACGCAGUGCCAGAAAUUGCCGAGAAAGGAUUCCUCGACAUCGUCUUGACACUGAACACUCCAGGCGGCCACAGCUCUGCACCACCUAAAAACACAAACAUAGGCAUCAUGUCGCGACUCAUCGCAGCUAUGGAAGAUCAUCCCUUCAAUCCUCAUAUCGACGAGCACAAUCCUUUCUGGAAUUACCUCAAAUGCGAAGUUGAAAACUCGCCUAAAACAGUAGAGCCAUGGUUACGAGAGGCUCUAGAGAAAAAGGAAGACUUUGCAGACAGGCUUAUCGAAUCACGCGGCGACAAGGUUCGUUGGUGGAUUCAAACAAGCCAGUCAGUCGACAUCAUCAACGGCGGCAUCAAGGAUAAUCAACUGCCAGAGAUCACACGAACUAUAAUCAACUACCGCGUCCUACCGAGCGACAAAAUAGACGGUGUCCUAAAAACUGUCGCCGAUGUUCUCGCUCCUCUUGCAAACAACUACAGUAUCGCAGUUCAAGGACCAGGCUAUGCGCAAAUCGACCGCGGUUUUGGUGUCCUUAACAUCUCUUCGAUGAAUAUCCUCCAGCCAGCUCCAAUCACCCCAACGGGACCAGACGUAGAAAUCUGGAACGUGUUUGCAGGCUCCAUCCGCCAGGUUUUCGAGAAUACGGCAGAAAAGUUAUCAGCGAAGAAAGUUAUCCCUGUAGGUGCAAUCUCGGCUGGCAAUACAGACACAGCGCACUACUGGGCAUUGACGAGGAACAUAUACCGCUUUUCUCCUUUGUCGGAAGAAACGGCCAAGGGUCCGCAUACUGUGGAUGAGAGAGUUGAUAUGCAAGCACACUUGGGAGGUGUCAAAUUUUAUUAUGAGUUGAUUCGGAAUAUGGAUAGCUACACUGGAAGUUGA